AUGGAGAAACGCACAAGUAUCGCCUGGGCGGUUAAAGCAAGCAGUUCCUGCACUCUGUCUCUGAAAGAAAGAGCCCCCACAGUAAAGAAGGACGUCAACAAGCGACUGGGGAUGAAGGACACCAUGCUGGCGCUCCUGCUCGCUGUCCUGCAGGGCUUUCCAGUCUGGGAAGCGGCACCUAACCCGUCACCGCUGGUUGGAUCAAACUGGGGGAACCCGAGGCGACUGGUUCACCUGCAGACAUCCACAGACCUCAACAACUUCUACUUGGAAAUCAAAUUAGACGGCACUGUGCGCAAAACUACAGCCAGAUCUUCAUAUAGUGUAAUUCUACUGAAAGCUGAAACAAGGGAGCGCGUGGCGAUCUUCGGUGUCAAAAGCAACCGUUAUUUGUGUAUGGAUUUGGAGGGCAACCCGUUCAGCUCGCCCAUCUGUCUCAGAGACGACUGUCUGUUCAACCACAAGCUCCUGGAGAACAACCGGGACGUGUACUACUCUCUCCGGACUGGGAUCCUGCUCAACCUGGAGGGCUCCCGGCAGGUGUUCUCAGUGGGUCAGAACCUGCCACAGACCUCUCUCUUCCUGCCUAAGAAGAACACGGUGCCGCUGGAGCGCCUUCUGCUGCACAGGGAGAAGAGGAACCGGGUCGUGGACCCUUCAGACCCACACAACGUCUACCUGCAGACCGAGGACGGCAUUGACUCCCGGGCGGUUCCCGAGGACGACACCGACCUGGAUGUGGAGGUGGAGACAGAGACAGAGGCUGGGGACGAUGGACGCAACGUCUCCAGGGAGACGCAGCUGGCUCCAUCCUCUGACGACCCCUGGAACGUGCACUCUUCCAAAUGA